ACGUCAUAAGUAUGGGACACUGAGAGGAUGUACGCAUGUCAAAUACUGCUUGACCUACUUGGUUAUAUAGAACGCGUUUGAUGUUAAAAACGUUUUGAGUUUGUAACCAGACAUGUUUCGUAUUUCUUUAACUCUUUGCUGCAGAGAGAUUGGGAAGAGGUUUGCAUCGACACUCUCUGGAGAAGGUGGGCUUCCCAGCAAUCUCAGACUUGCUCCAAACCUUGUAGAAUUUUCACGGACAGAGAGGCCUCCUGCUGCUGGCUCAGGAUUGCCAGUUCUCAGGCAGUGCGAGGUAGAGAUCCCCUCCCACCUCACUGCCAGGCAGGCUUGGCUUGAGUCCCUGCGAGGUUAUGAGGAUGAGCAGCUGGGCUUGGUAGACCUGCAUCCUGAUGUCUUUGCUGUGCCUCCAAGGCUUGAUAUACUCCAUGAGGUUGCAAUCUGGCAGAAAAACUUUAAGAGAAUUAGCCAUGCUAAAGUGAAGACGCGGGCUGAGGUGAGAGGUGGAGGCAGAAAACCAUGGCAACAGAAAGGAAGUGGCAGAGCACGUCAUGGCAGCAUUAGAUCACCCUUGUGGAGAGGAGGUGGUGUUGCACAUGGCCCCAGAGGUCCAACUAGUUAUUACUACAUGCUCCCUAUGAGAGUGCGUGUAAUGGGAUUGAAAGUUGCUCUUAGUGCUAAGCUGGCUCAGGAUUACCUUCAUAUCGUUGACUCCCUGGAGAUGCCAACCCCAGACUCCCAGUACAUUCUGGAUCUGGCCAGACACAGGCACUGGGGAGAUUCUGUUCUCAUUGUAGACGUGAAAGAAGACCUACCUGAAAAUAUAUUAAAGGCAACAGAAGACUUGAAGACAAUAAAUGUAAUGCCAGCCAUUGGUCUGAAUGUUCACAGUAUGCUGAAACAUGAAACUCUGGUACUUACCCUGGAUGCAGUGAGUUUUUUGGAAAAGAAGCUGCUUUGGCAUGACUGCAGAUACUCUCCUCUCUACCCAUUCAAGCUACCCUACAGUGACUUACCCUAAUCAAUAUUACAUGUAUUUAUUCUACAUCCCUGUAAAAAAAAAAAAAACAAAAAAAAACACAA